AUCAAAAGUAUGAAGUUACAAAACAAGCGUGUUGUGUAACGCCAAUCAGCUGUUUGGUAACGCUGGUUGUCUGCUAAUGCUGCUUAUGCGGAACCGGUGUGUGCUUUAAAACGUCUGCAUUAAGACUUAACAAUACCCUUCCAAUCGAAUAUGCCUCAAACUCAAGAAGACGGCGGGCUGACAAUGGUGAGAAGCGUCCUGAGGGAAGUGCUGCUGGGUCAGGAGGAUCCAGAGGGGUUCUUCGCGAUGUGCCUGUCCAUCUUGGGGCAUCAGGAGACACGUGCCCGCUUUCUGACUGUUGUCCAGCCUCUGUCUUCGGCCAACCGCUCCCUGUACGCUGCCCUCGUCUCCAUCUACGAUGAAUAUUUUGAUAAGGCUGAAGUUGAUGAGUUUGAACUAGCAGUGACUCUGUCUCUACUUCAAACACAAGAUCACACAAGAACCCCAGUACAGGCAUUUGAUGGGUUAUCCUUCUCUGAAGAAGCACAAAGUGGAACCCAAGAGUAUAAAGAAAGUACACUUCUAAACACAUCAAUAAGUUCAUGUCAGACAGUUAUUGUCAAUGAGAAGAUGGUCACAAAAUCUGAAAUCAAAGAGGACCAGUCUGAGAAGAGAAAACGUUCCAAAAGCAGACGUCAACGUCGGAAAGCUGCGGCCCAGCCGGUCAUUGGAUUGCCACACUCUCCAUCGGGGGCUGCGCCUGUACUGCUCUGGGUCCGCAGAGACUUGAGACUGUCUGAUAAUCCUGCUCUCAUCGGCUCCCUGGAGGCAGGUGCCCCUGUCAUACCAGUCUUCAUCUGGAGUCCUGAAGAGGAAGAGGGACCGGGUAUGACUGUGGCUAUGGGAGGAGCUUGUAAAUACUGGCUUCAUCAGGCACUGUCCUCCUUCCGUUCAUCUCUGGAGCAUAUUGGUAGCCACCUGGUCUUCCUGGAUGCAAGCCGCAUCAGGUCCACCACCUUGCUUGUGCUUAAAGCUCUAUUGAAGGAAACCGGGGCCCGAACAGUGCUGGCCAACGCCCUCUAUGAGCCUUGGCUGAAGGAGCGGGAUGACGAGGUGGUGUCAACACUCCAAAAACAAGGGGUUCAAUGCAAGAUGUUCCACUCAUACUGCACCAGAGACCCUUACUCUGUCAGCACAGAAGGUGUGGGACUCAGAGGAAUUGGAUCAGUGUCUCAUUUCAUGAGCUGCUGCAGACAGAACCCGGCAGGAACUGGACUUGGUGCUCCACUGGACGCGCCUGUGUCUCUGCCUGGACCUUCCAGUUGGCCUCAAGGUAUCCCUUUGGACACGUUAGGCUUGGCAGCUAUGCCCCGAAGGAAGGAUGGCACCACGAUUGAUUGGGCGGCAAACAUUCGCAAGUCAUGGGAUUUCAGUGAAGAGGGCGCUCAUGCCAGGCUAGAAGCCUUUCUCCAUGACGGUGUGUAUAGAUAUGACAAAGAGUCAGGCAGGGCAGAUGCCCCCAACACCAGCACGUUAUCACCUUACCUUCAUUUUGGUCAGCUCAGCCCUCGCUGGCUUCUUUGGGAUGCCAAGGGGGCUCGCUGCCGACCUCCAAAAUUCCAACGGAAACUGGCGUGGAGGGAUCUUGCAUACUGGCAGCUCACGUUGUUUCCUGACCUUCCCUGGGAAUCCAUCAGGCCUCCAUACAAGGUAUUGCGCUGGAGCAGCAAUGGCAGUCAUCUCAAGGCUUGGCAGCGAGGCCGAACCGGCUACCCUCUGGUGGACGCAGCCAUGAGACAGCUGUGGCUGACAGGUUGGAUGAACAACUACACCAGACAUGUAGUGGCAUCUUUCCUUAUAGCGUACCUCCAUCUGCCCUGGCAGGAGGGCUACCGCUGGUUCCAGGACACACUUGUGGAUGCUGACGUGGCCAUCGACGCCAUGAUGUGGCAGAAUGGCGGCAUGUGCGGUCUGGAUCACUGGAACUUUGUCAUGCAUCCCGUCGACGCUGCCAUGACGUGUGACCCAUACGGCAGCUAUGUGAGGAAAUGGUGUCCUGAACUUGCAGAGCUGCCUGAUGAGCUUAUUCACAAACCUUGGAAAUGUCCGGCAUCCAUGCUCCGACGUUCAGGUGUGGUGUUGGGCCAAACAUACCCAGAGAGAAUAGUUACAGACCUGGAGGAGAGGCGGACUCGCUCUCUUCAAGACGUUGCCCUGGUACGAAGACAACAUGGAGAAUACGUGGACAAACGCUCUGGUUGUGACUUGGUGCCUUUGCCGCCCCGCCUUGUCUCAGAGGCCCUGGGCUUAGCUCACCCUCCUGAAAGCAAACAUUUCCUUCUUCCUGUCAUCACCCGCAUGGAAUUCAAGUACCAGCUGGACGACCCAGAUGCAGAUGGCGCUGCCAACCCUUACAAUGCCGUCCUCAAAGGGUACAUUAGCCGCAAGAGAGACGAUACCGUGGCGUUCCUCAAUGAGCGAGACUUUGCUGCCAGUGUAAUGCACGAAGGAGCCCAACGGCAGGAGCGGUUGGAGGCUGAUCGUCGCCGCAUGGAAGGGCUCCCACUGCGGGAGCGCCCGUUGCGUGAAAAAAACAGACGCACAACAAAAGCAAAGGACCACUUUUCUAUUUUACCGGGUGGUGCUCUCCUCACUACACACAGGUGAUCCAGAGCCACAAUCACCUUUUCUGUCUCUUUCGUGGGCAUAUUUUAGGGACUGUUAUGAAUUGUAAUGCCUAAUUUUUCAGCUGCUCUGUACAAAACUUUGGAACAAAUGUUGUGGAAUAUAUAUGCAUUCAGCAUUUUUUCUUGUUCCUUUGUCUCACUGAGUGAAUUAUCUAACACACCCCCAUGCACUCCAUCUCUAUUUUCAUUAAACAUUGCACCUGAAGACAUCCCGGUCUAUUCUUGUUAAUGAAACAAGAAUGAUGAGAAAGAUCAUUAUUCAUUCAUCGUUCAUUCUGACAAGGGGUGCUGGAGCCGAUCACUGCUGGCUAAGGUUUGGAUGCAGGGCACAAAAUAAACAGCCAUGAUCAUGAUCAUAUCGAUACAAAAAUAGGACCAACGAUGGACACAUGACAAAAACCAUCACGUUAAAUAAACAUGCCAUGGGGCAUGAUAUGCAAAACAUUGAAAAUAGUUACAAUUUAAGGAAGAAAAAAAAAACAUUUUCUCUAUCGAUCCAUCUAUUCUGUCCAAUUUAUCUGAGGUCGGGUCAUGGAGGCAGCAUCUUCAGCAGGGAAGCCUAGACUUCCAUCUCCCCUGCCACUUUGUCUCAGGUCAGCCUGGAGACAGUCUCCCCACUGUGUCCUGGGUGGACUCUAGGGCGCUAUUCCAGUGCGAUGUUCACAGAACAUUUUAACAGGGAGGUGUCCAGGAGACAUCCUAAAUUAGAAGCCCAAACCACCUCAUGGAGCUCCUCUCAAUGCAGCAGAGUAGCGGCUCUACUGAGAGGACGAGCUUCUGAACCAACUUGUCCAUUUCUUUUCAUUUGUCACGGAUUAUGUUGGUUAGUCUUUUUGCUCGCUGAGUUGAGUUUGCGACGCCGUGUUCGGCUGCUCGUGUCUUUUCUAUCUCUAGUCUCUCUGCCGGAAAUGCGCGCGACAGAGUCCCCCCCUCCUCCGGAACACAACACAUAAGUUCCAUGGGUGAAUUAUGAACACAGAAUGAAGGGUCACCACCACACAUUCUAAUAUUUUAAUAAAAAAACAACGCGCGUGCCACCCUGAGAAAGAAGGCGCUCCUUGCUCCUAAUCUUGCAUUUAUCCUCCAUCCUCUCAUACAGCCAGAAGAUGAACACUGUGGCAUAAUGACACUGCUUUCUCCUUUUUUUAAAUGUUGUUUUUCCAAGUAAAAUCCGUGUAUGAAACUCUUAUACACUAUAUAACUGUAGCACAGCUGCAAAUACGCAUACUGGAAGCACCAUAUGAAAAUUUGGCAUGAUAGACUAACCUACAGCACACAUGAGUAGACAAAAUACACAACAUUCUUAUUUUCAUAUACCGUGUUUGUUUGAGCAAAACCAGUGUACAGUUAGUCCCCGGGUUAGGACGUACCCGACUUCCGUGAUUUCGGCUUUUUAAAAGUUAUUAUAAUGUUGACUUUUGUUUUGUGAUGCAUGCUUUAUCUUGAUGCAGGAAGCAUAGAGCAGGUAGUACUAAUGGCACGCAAGUAAGAGCGCAUGUACACAUGACGAAGAACAUAUUUGCGCACACGAAGAAGACCACAUGAGCACGCGCACACACGAGGAAGAGUGCAUUUGUUCCAACCAAUCAUUCCAUCUGUCUUCAUUUCUGAGCUUAGCUCGCUGUAUAGCUAGAACUUAGCUCCAAUGUCUUGGCGAGGACAGUACAAUGACGUAUAACACAUGUUUUUGGAUAAUAAUUUUGAGAUUUUGGGGGUAUUUAGGGGUACUUAAAAGGUUCAGGUUACAUUGCCAGCGUAGGAAUGGAACCCAUUCGUAACCCGGGGAGUCGGGGACUACCUGUAUACAUGACUAUUUAAGUGAGGACUCACAUGUAAACAACAUUGCAAAAGCCUAAGAAAUUUUGGGUGUUUCUGACAUCAUGAGCAAUGACAGAGUAUCUGAAAUUCCCAUAUUUGAUGGGCUAAAACACUUUGAGCAUUGAAAAAUGGCUGCACACUGCAAUUUUGCCUACUUUCUAGUAAUACUAGCCUUUAUUGCCAAUUUCCUCCAGGAAAAUGAAAUUCAUUUUCCCCCCAAAUUCUUGAACAAGAUUCUUUCUGUUUGGAGCAAUUUGAACAAAAAGAUCACUAUUCCUUUAAUUUGGUUUGGGAUUUUGUUUUCGUUUUUUUUCCCAUAAUUUGAAUAAUAUUUGAAGAGAGGCUUCUCGUCCUAAAGUGAUUUACUUUUAGGAUACGUAUUGUAGCGACUGUUAUAUGUUCUGCCCAAAUGCAUGAUGGGAAGUUGGGCCAUGACCAUGAAUGGUGGUUGCCAAUGUUAUUACAUGCAUGUUCCUUGGCGCGUCAUGGAUCUAGGAUUGCGCACGAUGUGUGGGGCACAUGAACAAUAAAUGAUUGCUAUAAGCUGAAUUUCUCUUAUUCUUGCUCUUGUUACUCGUUAUAGUGUGAUAAAACAAAUAUAACACCCUUUAUUUGAAUGUAAUGUAUACCGCAACUUAUAUUUGUAAAAAAUUCACAGUGAAUCCAAACGUUUUAGGAAAAUUGUUAUUGCAUUACAAAUGAGGCAACACAACAGAUGUCUUAUUGCAGAGUCGUAGUGGUGCCACCCGCCACUUGGUUGAUAAUGCUAUCACAUCAGUCCAUGUAUGGAAAUUCCAGUCAAAUUGCUCCUGUAGGUAGAAGAAGUCGGACAUCCGGGCAUUAAUGACGUCACC